AUGGCCCCCAACCUACGAAAAUCCCACCCCUUACUAAAAAUAAUUAAUAACUCCCUAAUCGACCUACCCACACCCUCCAAUAUCUCUGUCUGAUGGAAUUUCGGGUCACUCCUAGGCAUCUGCCUCCUAACACAAAUUACAACCGGCCUACUAUUAGCCGCCCAUUACACUGCAGAUACUACACUAGCCUUCUCAUCCGUAGCCCACACUUGCCGAAACGUUCAAUACGGAUGACUAAUCCGAAACCUACACGCAAACGGAGCAUCAUUCUUUUUCAUUUGCAUCUACUUCCACAUCGGACGAGGAUUCUACUAUGGCUCCUACCUUUACAAAGAGACCUGAAACACAGGUGUCAUCCUUCUCCUUACCCUAAUAGCAACAGCCUUCGUAGGCUAUGUUUUACCAUGAGGACAGAUAUCCUUCUGAGGAGCCACCGUAAUCACCAACCUAUUCUCAGCUGUCCCAUACAUCGGCCAAUCUCUAGUAGAAUGAGCCUGAGGGGGGUUCUCAGUGGACAACCCAACCCUAACCCGAUUCUUCACCCUCCACUUCCUCCUCCCCUUCGCAAUCGCAGGAAUUACACUAAUCCACCUGACCUUCCUACACGAAUCAGGCUCAAACAACCCCCUCGGCAUCAUCUCAAACUGCGACAAAAUCCCCUUCCACCCGUACUUCUCCCUAAAAGAUAUCCUAGGGUUUGCAUUCAUAUUCCUACCACUAACAACCCUAGCCCUAUUCUCACCAAACUUGCUAGGAGACCCAGAAAACUUCACUCCAGCAAACCCCCUAGUAACUCCCCCACAUAUUAAACCAGAGUGAUAUUUUCUAUUUGCAUACGCCAUUCUACGCUCCAUCCCAAAUAAGCUGGGAGGAGUACUAGCCCUAGCCGCCUCAGUCCUAGUACUUUUCUUAUGUCCUCUGCUACACAAAUCCAAACAACGCACAAUAACUUUCCGACCCCUGUCCCAACUACUCUUCUGAACCCUCACUGCAAACCUAUUUAUCCUCACAUGAGUAGGGAGCCAACCAGUAGAACACCCAUUCAUCAUCAUCGGCCAACUAGCCUCAAUCACAUACUUCACAAUUAUUCUAAUCCUAUUCCCCAUCACCCAAACCCUAGAGAACAAGAUACUUAAAUACUAA